AGCAAACCUGCCUUCGGGGACGGGCCUGCACCAAUCCUGCCAUGGAACCAGCCGACUUGGCAAAGGAACCGAAGGCCAAAGCACAUCCGGUGCCACCUCCAAGAGGUCAUGAACUGGAGAAGGAAGUCGUGGAGGCGGCCUGGAAAGCCAAGGAAAUGAAGAGGGAGCAGGGCAAAGUGGAGCUGCGGGGCGCAGAACGUUUAGCUGUAGCUAGGGAGAGGCACAAGAACUUCCGAGCACGGCAGCUUCGAGAACGCGAAGCUGCUGCGGAGGCCUUAGAACGGGACAUCUCUAAGGCCCAGGAGCACCUUUGGAAGACACAGGUCCAAACCAACGCCACGUUAGAAGAGAUGGAAUCGCAACAAGGAGUUUACCAGGCUCAAGAGAACGAUGCCAUUUGGGCAAAGCAGUCUCUUGCAUUUGCAUAG